AUGGACGUCAAUCAGGUGUUGGCCAGCACCCUCUCUGCCGAUGCCGCUACUCGCCAGAAUGCGGAACAGCAGCUACUUCAUGCCGCAGAGGUCGACUUUGCGGGAUACUUGACGACCCUGGCCGGCGAGCUAGCGAACGAAAAUGCUGCCUCGUCGAUCCGAACGGCCGCUGGUCUGGCGCUCAAGAACGCCUUUUCCUUCCGAGAUAUCGCCCGCCUGCGAGAGGUCCAGGGCCGGUGGGUGCACGGCGUCGACCAGCAGGUCAAGAAGAAUGUCAAGGAGCUCGCUCUCAAGACGCUGGGCGCAUCCGACGCCCGCGCGGGCCAGUCGGCCGGCCAGUUCAUAGCCUCCAUCGCGGCCAUAGAGCUGCCCCGCAAUGAGUGGCAGGAUCUCAUGAACCUGCUCGUCCAGAACAUCAGCACCGGCUCAGACCACCUCAAACAGGCCUCGCUGACCACGAUCGGUUUCAUCUGCGAGUCCGAGGAGCCCGACCUUCGCGAGAGCCUGAGCGCCCAUUCCAACGCUAUUCUCACGGCCGUCGUGCAGGGAGCGCGGCGGGAAGAACAGAACCCAGAUGUGCGCAAUGCUGCCAUCUCCGCGCUCAGCGAUGCCAUCGAGUUCGUGCGCUCCAACUUCGAGAACGAGGGCGAGCGGAACUACAUUAUGCAGGUUGUCUGCGAGGCCACACAGGCGGAGGACACGCGGAUACAAGCUGGCGCCUUUGGUUGCCUGAACAGAAUCAUGGGCAUUUACUACGAUAAGAUGCGUUUCUACAUGGAAAAGGCGCUGUUUGGAUUAACGAUUAUGGGUAUGAAGAGCGAGGAGGAAGACGUGGCCAAGCUUGCUAUCGAGUUCUGGUGCACCGUCUGUGAAGAAGAGCUUUCCAUCGAUGAUGAUAACAACCAGGCACAAGCUGAAGGGUCGACGGAGAUCCGACCGUUCUUUAGCUUUGCCCGCAUCGCCUGCAGAGAGGUCGUCCCCGUCCUCCUGCAGCUAAUGACCACUCAGGACGAAGAUGCCAGUGACGAUGAUUACGACGUUUCCCGCGCUGCCUACCAGGCCCUGCAGCUCUAUGCUCAGACCGUACAGGCUGAGCUUGUCGGCCCCGUCCUCGAGUUCGUCGAGCAGAACCUGCGUAGCGAAGACUGGCACCACCGUGACGCUGCCGUCUCGGCUUUUGGCGCCAUCAUGGACGGCCCAGAGCACGAAACUCUCGUGCCCCUUGUCCGCCAGGCCCUGCCCGUCAUGAUCACAAUGAUGGAAGACAAGGUCGUGCAUGUCAGAGAUUCUACUGCCUAUGCCUUGGGCCGUAUCUGCGACUACUGCUCUGGCGCCAUCGAGGUCAACGUACACCUUCACCCGCUGAUUUCGUGCCUUUUCAACGGCCUCGCGAGCAGUCCCAAGAUCGCCGGGUCUUGCUGCUGGGCCCUCAUGAACCUUGCAGAUCGGUUCGCCGGCGACGCUGGGGCUCAAACCAACCCUCUCAGCAAGCACUUCCAAGACAGCGUCACCUCGCUCUUGUCUGUCACUGAAAGAACCGAUGCUGAUAACCAACUACGAACUGCUGCAUACGAGGUCCUGAACUCCUUUGUGACCAACGCCGCUAAUGACUCUCUGCCAAUCAUCGCCAACCUGUCAGAUGUCAUCCUGCAGAGACUAGAGCAGACCGUGCCAAUGCAGCAGCAGGUCGUUAGCGUAGAGGACCGUAUCACUCUAGAAGAGCUCCAGACCAGCUUGACCAGCGUUCUCCUGGCUAUUGUCCAACGAUUGGAGGCUGAAAUCAAGCCACAAGCCGACCGCAUCAUGACUGUGCUUCUUCAGGUGUUGACCACAAUCCCACCAAAGUCCAGUGUGCCCGACACCGUGUUUGCAACCGUUGGCUCACUCGCCAGCUCACUAGAGGCGGACUUCCUUAAAUACAUGGAGCCAUUCAGUCCGUUCUUGUACAACGCCCUUGCCAACCAGGAAGAACCCGGUCUCUGUGCCAUGGCUAUCGGCCUGGUCAGCGACAUCACUCGCUCUUUGGGAGAAAAAGUGCAGCCGUUCUGCGACGCAUUCAUGAACCACCUGCUCAACAAUCUCCGCAGCAACAACCUGUCCAACCAGCUCAAGCCCGCCAUCCUGGAAACAUUCGGCGACAUUGCCCAGGCCAUUGGCUCGCACUUUGAAACCUACCUGUCCGUAGUCGCACAGGUCCUUCAACAGGCCUCUGCCGUUACUGCCAGCAAUGACGUCUCCUACGACAUGAUCGACUACAUCGUUUCCCUCCGCGAGGGUAUCAUGGACGCCUGGGGUGGUAUCUUGCUCGCCUACAAGGGUGCUCCCAACGUAAAUAUCCUCCAGCCAUACGUCGAGUCGAUCUUCCAGCUCUUGCACCUGGUGGCACAGGAACCAUCUCGUAGCGAGGGCCUCCUACGCGCCAGCAUGGGAGUGAUCGGUGACUUGGCCGAAGCCUUCCCCAACGGAGAAUAUGCAUCCUUCUUCCGCAACGACUUCGUCUCUGCCCUCAUAAGGGAGGCUCGAACCAGCCGUGAAUACGGCCCACAGACCAUCGAGACUGCUCGCUGGGCUAGAGGACAAGUCAAGCGCCAGAUUGGCCUUGCUACUGCUGCUUCAAUGUCUUAA